AAUCACUCCUUAAUACCAAUGAGAACAACAAACUCAUACUCCUCACUUGUUUACAUUUGUACCAUUUUGUGUACAAUCCACAACAGAACCAGCACAAAGCCGUCUCAACAUAACAAACAAAUGACACUUGAUUAUUUUACAGUGAAACUCAUUAAACAGCAAGACCAUCUUUCUCCGGAAUGACAUAUAUGCUACUGUUUGUUCUUACUCUAGCACAACGGCUCCCCUGUAUCCCACCGUUCUUCUUCUCCGGAUAAAGUCCAGCAGAUAAGCAGAUGGAGUUAAUAAGUGAAUCGACCGAUUCUCCCCGUCCCCGGCUUUGGUUUCCUCGCAACUAUAUAUAUUUUGUUUGAUGGUCGUUAACCCCGCCUCAUCCUCAAAUUUCAGCAAACACCUUGUGGCUAAACCUUGAAAAUGGGGAAAGAUCAAUUGCAGGUCCUGAACGCGCUUGACUCAGCCAAAACACAAUGGUACCACUUCACCGCCGUCAUCAUCGCCGGGAUGGGUUUCUUCACGGACGCCUACGAUCUCUUCUGCAUCUCCCUCGUCACCAAGCUUCUGGGUCGCAUUUAUUACCACCACAAAGGUGCUCUGAAGCCCGGAAUUCUGCCUCCGGGCGUUUCCGCAGCUGUGAAUGGAGUGGCACUCUGCGGCACCCUUGCCGGCCAGCUCUUCUUCGGCUGGCUGGGCGACAAACUCGGCAGGAAGAAAGUCUACGGCAUGACGCUGAUGCUCAUGGUGAUUUGCUCCGUCGCGUCGGGGCUCUCCAUGGGGAAAGACCCCAAAGCAGUAAUCACCACGCUCUGCUUCUUCCGAUUCUGGCUCGGGUUCGGGAUCGGCGGCGAUUACCCGCUCUCCGCCACCAUAAUGUCUGAGUACGCCAACAAGAAGACCAGGGGAGCUUUCAUCGCGGCAGUGUUCGCGAUGCAGGGGUUCGGCAUCCUCGCCGGCGGGCUGUUUGCCAUCGUCAUCUCCACCUCGUUCAACGCCAGGUUCAAAGCUCCGGCUUACAGAGACAAUGCGGACGCCUCGACACCCCCGCAGGCGGAUUACGUGUGGCGGAUCAUUCUAAUGGUGGGUGCUCUGCCCGCAGGGCUCACUUACUAUUCGAGGAUGAAGAUGCCGGAAACCGCCCGCUUCACUGCGCUCGUGGCCAAGGAUGCGAAGCAGGCUGCGGACGACAUGGCGAAAGUUCUGCAACAAGAAAUUGAAGCAGAGGAGCACAAAGUGGAGCGAAUUGGGGAGGACGAGGCCACCGCGUACGGGCUGUUCUCCAAGGAAUUCCUCCGCCGCCACGGAACCCACCUGCUGGGGACGACGACGACUUGGUUCUUGCUGGACAUUGCUUUCUACAGCCAGAAUCUGUUCCAGAAGGACAUCUUCAGCGCGAUCGGGUGGAUCCCGCAGGCCGAGACGAUGAACGCGACCGAGGAAGUGUUCCGAAUCGCCAGAGCGCAGACCCUGAUCGCGCUCUGCAGCACGGUGCCGGGUUACUGGUUCACGGUGGCGCUGAUUGAUAAGAUUGGGAGGUUCUCGAUCCAGCUGAUGGGGUUCUUCUUCAUGACCGUGUUUAUGUUUGCUCUGGCGAUCCCAUACGACCACUGGACUCACAAGGAGAAUCGGAUUGGGUUCGUGGUGAUGUACUCGCUGACCUUCUUCUUCGCGAAUUUCGGACCCAACGCGACGACGUUCGUGGUGCCGGCGGAGAUAUUCCCGGCGCGGGUGAGGUCGACGUGCCACGGGAUAUCGUCGGCGUCAGGGAAGCUUGGAGCGAUGGUUGGGGCGUUCGGAUUCUUGUAUCUGGCACAGAACAAGGACAAGUCCAAGGCGGAUGCAGGGUACCCUGCGGGGAUUGGGGUGAAGAAUUCGCUCAUUGUGUUGGGCUUCGUCAACUUGCUGGGGCUUCUGUUUACGUUCUUGGUGCCGGAGUCCAAGGGGAAAUCGCUGGAAGAGAUGUCCGGAGAAAACGAGGAAGACGAGGCUGCAGCUUCUAAUGGGAAUAGGACUACUGUUACAAUUGCUUAGGAGAAGUGGAGAAGAGGUUAUGGUUAAAGAAAUAUUGGAGUAAUGAUGCUAGACUAGUACUAGACUAUAGUCUUAGAAUAUCCCUAGUUUGGUUGAGCAAGUCGGGUUUAUAGGCCGUUUGUGAAAUUCAGUUUUAAAAUUUUUACCUUUUGAUUCUGUUGGAAAACCUCGAAAAGUUUUCUUAUCAUAAUUUCUGUUCCGAACGAUAUUUGACGACUGUAUAUCAACUAAAGACUUUGGUUAAAUUGGAGUUUUGUGGUGCCAUAACAGCACCCGUUCCUACUAAUUUGGACCAAAUACCAAGCUGGACAGAUUAACUGUCGGCACAGGUGCAGUAAUUACACCAUAGUAUUUUCAUUAAUAAUUGUAAAACGCAAAAACAAUAGAAAUGGAAGUUGCAAACAAGCAUAAGCACAAAAGGCUGGAGAUUGAGGCCGAUGCUCAUUUGUUCCGUUUCGACGAUCUAGAGAGGCUGACCCCGCUCUCAUGUUCAAGGGACACAUCAUCCUCUGUCUGGUGAGAUGGAAGUCCAAAAUGGACUAGAGACGCAACCUAGGCGACACGACCUUAAUAACAAAUCAGUUGGGAGUCGUGCUAGCUCUAAAAGGUUUGUCUUCAAAACGUCGCCUCGGGUAAAGAUUGGUGGGUGUGUUCGGCAACAACAUAAGAAGGUGUCACCAGGGAAGGCUGCACCUCUUCCUCGGCAGGGUACUAAGGGGAGACAACAGCCUGGUCGGCGCGCCAGGCAGGUUCCAUAGCGUCAGCAGGUGGCAGAUCAUGUGGUGGAAGCUCUCGAGCAAUUGCGAAGGCGUAGGCUGAUCUUGCAGAAGGAAUCCGAGGAAGAUGAGGCCACGGUUGAGAAGCCUGUCCACUCUACGAAGUCACGUGCUUCGUCUGGUCCUUCUAAUGACCCCAGGAAGACGCCACUCAUGGAUCCUCGGUUUCCCGCCAGGGUUGCAACCCAGCCUGGCGGCUCGGCACCUCGGGUUCGCCGCGUAUGAGGAAAAGAGAUCUCAUUUUGUAGAGUACCCCUCGGGUUCACCUCGGGUUCGCCUCGGGUUCUGAAAAAAUAUUGAAAAUGGAUCUCAUUUUGUAGAGUACAACGAACUCGUUCCAUCUAUGGAAAAAAAAACCCAAGUUAAAACGAAGAAAAUAUAAGUCGAUGAAGAAAACAAGUUGCAAAGGAAAUCAAGAUUUAGUUAUGCUGAGUAACCAUGGAGUACUCACUUGAGCUGUCCGACCCCAUUAGCUCUUAGCCUCUGACCCAUACUAAGUUAGGGGUGUACAUGGGUCGGUUGGUUCGGGUUUAAGUAUUUUAAUCACCCGACCCAUGCACUAUGGUUUGGGAAUUAUCAAACUCAAAUCCACUCAAAAAAAAAUUAAACCCUACGGUUUGUUUCUAAUUGGGUUGGGUCGGGUUGACGAUAUUUUUAAGUAAAAAUCAAACCCAACAUAAAAUAUAUAAUUAUUAUACACCAUAAAAAUAUUUUAUAACUAAUUAAAAUUUCAAACAAAUAAACUGAGGUGAAAGGUAUCAAAAUUCACAAAUGUUGUUUGAGUUUUAAUAAAAUGUGAUUUACUUC